AUGGCCCGGACGACGUCGAGGCGGGUCCUCGUGGUGUCUCUCCCAGCCCCGGCAGCCCACCACCAAAACCCUAGACUUAGAUCCGCCGCCGACCAUGGAGAUGGAGGGCCGGCGGAAUCCGUCGGGAGGCGGACGCGCAGACGCCGCCAGGACGCCGCCGCGGCGAUCGGCGCCCUCCACCAGGACGUCCUGAUCUGGGAGAUCCUGGCCCGCCUCCCGCCCGCGGCGCUCCUCCGCUGCCGCGCCGUGUGCCGCGCCUGGCGCGGCAUCACCUCCGACCCCGCCUUCCUCCUCGCGCACCACCGCCGCCAGCCGUCGCUCCCCCUCUUCCUGCUCCGCGAAUCCAGCACCGACGCCGCCAACCCGGAGCGCGGCGGCCGGCCUGUCCUCGGACUCGACCGCGGCGACCACGGCUACCUCGGCUCCUUCACGCUCCACGCCUCCUCCGACGGCCUCCUCCUGAUAUCCAACCGCAGAAGGUUCAGCAUCUGCAACCCGGUCACGCGGCAGCACGCCAGAGUCCCGGGUCUCGCCGGCUGCUUCAACAUCGAGGCGCUCUACCUGCACCGGCCCUCCGGCGAGUACCGCGUGCUCUACUGGUACGACGGCAGAUUCCGAGCUAACCAACAAACCUUCUGCUACGUCCUCGCCGUGCCGCGGUCGCGCAAGCCGAGGCGCGUCGUGGUUCCCGCGGAUUGCCGCGACACGGCGGAUUAUUACGACCCCAUCUCGCGCCCGUCCGUCAUGCUCGGCGGCUGCCUUCACUGGAUCCCCGGCCGCCGUCCCCUCGCCGGCACGCUCGUCGUUUUCGACACCGUGGCCGAGUCGUUCAGGUCGAUGCGCCUCCCGGCUGCUCUUGCUGCCGCCGGCAGCUGCGAAAGUACUCGUUUGCACGACAGGGAAGGUUCGCUUGGCCUCAGCUGCUUCGAUGAUAGGCGCCGUGCGGUUGUCAACGUUUGGGUGCUGGAGGACUACGAGAGGGAGGUCUGGUCACUCAAGUACAAGAUUAAUUUCUCACCGGAGACAAGCCGAAGCCUGGUUUUCUCUCACGGGGGAGAUAUGCUGCUCUACAAUAAAUGUAUUCCUAGAAGCUACAUGGUUCACUAUGAGGCCAAGUUUAUAGAGGAAUUCCAAUGGGGAUCAUGGGCUUCAUACUUGACAGGACAUUUGUUCAAAGAGAGCCUUGUCAUGCUUUCUUCCCGGAGCCAUGCAGUGCCCCUGCAGUUAGACAUCGAUGUCUUUUCACAAGACGGGUCUAAUUAAGGAACACUGUUCAUUGUCAGAACAGGACUGCCGACCCCUUCAGAAGAAAAACCACAAUCUUGCAUGCCAUGUUGUCUGAGAUUUAAAAGUCCAGCAGAAACUUUGGUGGAUUAAUUCAAUUGCUCUUGUACCGUUUAGGCCGCUGUGCAUUUGAUAUAUACCUCCUAUCUUUCAACUAUUUUAUCCAUGUUUGCUUGCAUGCCUACAGAUCUCAAGCUUCCUUUGAUAGUAGUUUAUCUUUAGGCUUCAACUUAUUUACCUAUUAUAACAUUUGGGUUCAGGUUCGAAUAGAGGUUCAACAUGAAAACAAAAUAGAUUGCCAGUUACGCCUGGACAACGUCAGCACAGCGUAUAGAACUCUACUUAUAACAGUUCCAGCUGAGAGACCAAAACUAAAACAGCAACUAGCCAGUUAACAUAUUGACAGUGCCUCUUUCUUCUGCAGUUCUGCUUACAGGCAAUUUCAGACCAAUAAACUAUUACUACCUAUAUUAACGAGGAGUACUGGACUACAUUUUGAAGAUUUAUCUUUUCGUCACCGUUUGUGUUCAGUUAUCAACCUUUGUCUAUAGUUUAGGUGCUGCCGGUCAAUGAAUUUGAACUAGUUAGGCCAGAAUUCAGCGUUUUUCUCUUCUGAUCGCAACAUAGAUAUACAAUCAUUAUUGUUUUUC